ACUGGUUUCCACACCCACCGCGCCUGAGAGCGACGGGAAGUACCUGCGAUGAGCCCAGCGCCGCCUUGACUCGCCGCCGCAGCGAUCGCAGCAGCCGGGUCGAACCGCCUCGGCGCUCCGGAGGAGAGACCCCACAGCGGGGCACCGGUGCGAUAUAUUUCAGCUCACGAAUGGAUGUUUAAGAGACUUCAUACAAAAUAUAUGUGAAAAUGGAAACUUCGUCUUUGCUAUCGUCCUUACAUGAUGAAUGCAGAUCAGACAACUAUAUUGAACCUCAUUACAAGGAAUGGUACCGAGUAGCUAUUGAUGCACUGAUUGAAGGAGGUUUGGAAGCCUACAAAGAAUUUCUUUCCAAAGAGAGAUGCUCAGAGUUCCUAGCGGAUGAGGAAAUUGAUUAUAUUUUGAAUAAUGUUCACAAACUUCCCCAAAACACAGUUUAUUCCUCUAACCAUGCUAUUGAUGACACCUCUUCCUCGGGAACCUACUGGCCCAUUGAAUCAGAUGUGGAAGCUCCAAAUCUUGACUUAGGUUGGCCCUACCUAAUGCCUGGAAUUUCUGGUGGCACAAAUAUUGAUCUGCUUUUUCAUCCACCACGAGCACAGCCUUAUACCAUAAAGGAAACUAUUCGGAAGAUGAUACGAGAUGCAAGAAAGGUCAUUGCCAUUGUUAUGGAUAUGUUUACAGAUGUGGAUAUUUUUAGAGAAAUUGUGGAGGCAUCUGCUAGAGGGAUUGCAGUGUAUCUCCUGCUUGAUGAGUCAAACUUCAGUCACUUUCUGAAAAUGACAGAGAAACAAGGCUGUCAAGUUCAGAGGCUCAGGAACAUGAGGGUACGGACAGUAAAAGGACAAGACUACUAUUCUAAAACAGGAGCAAAAUUCCAUGGAAAAAUGGAACAAAAAUUUAUUCUUGUUGACUGUAAGAAAGUCAUAUAUGGUUCUUACAGCUUUAUGUGGUCAUUUGAAAAAACCAACCUCAGUAUGGUUCAGGUUAUUACAGGACAGCUGGUUGAAUCCUUUGAUGAAGAGUUCAGAACACUAUAUGCCCGUUCUUCUGUUCCUAGUUCAUUUGCCCCAGAAUUAGUGCGGGUAAACAGUCGCAGGACACUUUGGGAUAAUGAUACAUACCAACACUCAGUGUCUUCAUUGGCUUCAGUUUCUAGCCAAAGAAACCUUUUUGGUAGGCAAGACAAAGUUCACAAGAUAGAUCCUGUUUGUUGGAAAACUCGUGGAAGAUAUGCAGUAAAUGAAAUAGAUAAAUAUGGUUUGAGAAAUCAAUCCUAUAAUAAACAGCCAUUCCAUCCAAGUUUUAAUAUGCAAAAUCCAAUCCAGCAGUAUCAACCUAGUGAAAAAAAUGACCACUGGAAGAGACACAGUUAUGCUGGGGAGAAACCAGAAAGAACACCUUACCUAUUGCUCAACAGAGCUAUUAAUAGAGCCAACAAUCCAUCAAAUACUUGGAAAAUGGCAUCUGAUAGCCUUAGUAUUGUUUCUUCGUUACGAGGAGGGUAUGCAAAUAACUACAAUACACCCCAGCAAAGUUUUGCUGAUCAGUUUUCACGACCAAAAGUAAAUCUUGCAGAAAGAAACUCAAUUGUACGGAGGUCUUUUAAUGGGACAGAUAGCCAUAUCCGCCAUCUGCAGCAAAGGAUGCCAACCCUCGAACACACGACAAAAUCAUUCCUGCGUAACUGGAGAAUUAAGUCAUAUUUGAAUGAUCAGUCAGAUUAUCCAGUAGAGUCUAAUGGGUCGGCCUUGGGUGACAGAUAUGAUAGCUAUGACACACCUGAAAAUAUUAAAGCUCAUGCACUGUAUUCUCAUUCUCGCUUACGAUCAUCACUGGUAUUUCAGCCAACUUUACCUGAACAGCAGGAAGUAAGCAGCUGUGCAAGUUCUUCAAAUUCAACUAUAAUUGGGUCAGAGGGAAGUGCAACACCUAAAGGGACAUCUAAUCAUGCUCCAAGUGUGGAAAAUGGAAAAGAUAAUAUUUUAGAAGAGCCUAGCACAAACAUCCCACCUAAAUCAGAUACACCAACACCCCCCAGAAUUCAUAUUGCAGACAACACAAAACCUAGUGUAAAUUCAAAUGCAGCAGGUGACUCAUCUGUCUACUUGUACACUACACUGUGUGCAGACAAGCAUGCUGAAAACUUGAAGAACCUUCAAAAUGAAAAUAUGCUGAAACGGAGAAGUUUUCCCAUGUUUAAUUCAAAGUCCACGUUAGACCCUGGUGCCAAUAAACAUGCAUCCAAUUACGUUUACAGCACAUUAACUAGGCAUAGACUUAAGCAGCCAGUUAGUCCAAAACUUCCAGAAGACAUGCUGAAGAGCGCUAAAAGUUUGCACAGUGUGACAAACCACUUGCCACAGGAGGAAAAGAACCUCAAAGAAGAGCUAAAAAGCCCAACUGCUAGCAAGGCAAUCUCUAUGGCUGCUCUCACUGAACCUAGCAAGGAGGAGUCUAGUAAGGACUGCACAUCAAAGAAAGAAAGUAAGAGUUCCCCAAGUUUUCUAAAGAAAGGAUCCCAGAAACUGCGGUCACUUCUUAAUCUCACACCAGACAAGAAAGAAAACUUGUCAAAAAACAAAGGUCCUUCAUUUUAUAGAAUGUGUAGUAGUUCUGAUACAUUGGUUUCUGAAGAAGAGAAUCAAAAACCAAAGAUGUCUGAGAAUAAGACAGAUUCUUCGCCAAGGAGAAAGAGAAACACGUCAUCAAAUUCUCAAGGUAGCUUGAACAGAAGUAAAGAAGAUGUUACAGGGAGCCCAACAAAGUCUCCAAAGUCUCCAAAGUCACCAAAACCUCAAAAACCUCCAUCUGAUGAAAGCAAUAAAAAGUGUCCUCUAUUGUGCCCCCUUGAAAGUAAGUUCAUAGAAACUGCAGGAGAUCCAUCUACCCCAAGAUUUAAUACAGAACAGAUUCAGUAUCAAGAUGUAAAAGAAAUCACCACAAAUACUACUCCUGAAAGUGCCCCUGUUUCUGCUCUUCAAAGAGCAAGUUCAGUGACACCACAGCUGGCAAGCUCAAAAUGCCAAGAGGAGCUAAGAUCUCGUUUGAGUGAAAGGCGUGUUUAUAGUCGCUUUGAGCCCUUCUGUAAGUUGGAAAAUUCUAGCCAACCUGCAGGAAAUGUACCCAACAGUAGUUUACAUCUCUCAGAUAUCAAAACCAAGACCUUAGGGAAUAAUUACGGCAGGAGUAACCACAUGGUCAGCUACAACUCAACCGCUUAUCAUCCGUUACAGCCUAAUGAAAAUAAACUGAGAGGGUUUAUGCAAAAGUUUGGGAAUUUCCUACACAAAAACAAGUGAAACUUCUGUUGAUUAUAUUGAAAUACAGCAAGAGUAGCAAAGCUGUGUAUAAUCUUAACUGGACAAGACUGGUGGGCAACUUUUGUAGAGCUUACUUGGGUUUCUUCUUGGAAUGAAUGUACAUAUUUUCACAUAAUUAUCCUAGAACUGUUAUACUUAAAUCUUCACAGGAAUUCUGACUCCAGAAGAUGUCUCAAGGGAGUUGUUUAUAGUGUUUAUAUUGUAAGAUUAAUUUUAUACAUUUUCUUUGUGGAGAAAGUAUGUACUAGUGUACUGUAAGACCAAGUGUGGGGGGAAAAAAAGAUGGAGGAUAAACUUCCAGUAACACCGUUUCCAAAGACUUGCCCUUUAAAAUUAGAAUAGCACUAGGAAUAGUGGCUUGCAUUUUUUCAGCAUUUAUGUAGACUUUCAAGUGAUAGUCAAAUGUUAAUGCACUGCAUGUUACUUAUCUUUAAUUGUUUAAAACCUCUUUUAGGCUUCAUCUUGUUAAAAAUGUACCCCUUAACAUCUAUUGAAUCAUUGGGCAGCAGAUGGACCUGUCUUAUUUUAUUGAAUUCUGCAAUGUAAUGUUAUUCUUCUGAACUAUUUGGCACACAGAUCUGAAAGUGACCUUAAUCUGAGCUUUCACAGACUUGUUUACAUGGUCAAACUACUGCGAAUGUAGAAUUAACAUUAAAAAACCUAUUUAUAAAUAAGGUGCCUUGAAUGUAACUUAGUUUAAAUUUCAAUGGGUUAAUUACAUUUUUAUAACAUGCCAGUAUUCUGUAAUGUAUUCUAAAAAUAGCUUUUUGUUACAUAUGUCUAUUUGGUGUUUCAAAAAAAAGUCUGUGGACUUCCAUUUCUCAGGUAAGCUUUUGAGUUUCACAUGCAGCAAUCUCUUUUACAAGUUGCCAGAUAUAUUUGCAACUUUGGCUUUAAUAACCUAUUUUUUAAUAAGGUUUCAAGUAUUUAGACUAGGCAUAUGAGGGAGAUUGCAAGCUUAAUUCUACAAUGCUGCCUUAUGUCAGGAUGAAUAUUACAAGGCCAGGAGCAAAUAAGCAUAUAAAAAUGAGUUUAGGAAAAGUCACCAUGUCAAACAAUAAAGCAUCUUCUCCUAAGCCAAAGAAAGUAGUAAAGGGUGAUAGCAGCAAGUGUUAACCUCAGUGGAGGUAUUUAGCACCCAGCUGCAGUCUGAGGGACACAUUUUUAUUCAUCUGAGCCUCUCAGUCAUAAAAUAUGAUAUUAAGUGACUAUGCCAGGUUAGUGCUUCCAGAAAACAGCAGCAGGGUGAUGUGUUUGGGCAGCAGCAUGGCAUCCAGUUCUCAUCUGCAGUGUGCAGCUAGAACAUCCAGCUGGAUCACACUCCCUCUUAGAAGAAUGCCAUAACAUUUUAGCUGCAAGAUGUUCUGUGACAGUUUUGUUCCAGAGUCAGAGAUUUUGGAAAAUUCAUUGUUGAAAGCUUAUAAUUCUUGUACAGGGUCUUUGUGUUGAAGGAGCAUGUUUUAGGAAACCACUUCACCCUUAGAUCUGAAAGGUCCUCCUCUAUGGAGAAGUACCACUAGGAAGGUCUUGGCUUUAUCCUUUAGAAAGAAAAAUGUAUUUCAUGCACCAGCCAGCUCAAGUUCAUUGUCUCUUCUACCUGUGGCCCUGGGAAGAGAUUUUAUAUGGAAAUUUCACUGAGAAUCUGUUCUGGCUCCUGUGAACUUGCCUUAGUUAACUGUCAGUGAUUUCAGUGAAGCAGUGCCAGCUUUUUAGUCAAACUGUUUCUCAGGCAACCUUAUUAGGCUGAUGCAUCAUAGCAGUAACUGUUUCACCGUGGGGAUGAUUUUUAUUUAUGAGAGUGACAGUGUUGCAUCUCAAUCUUCUGCUGAGAGUUUAUGUCUCCCCUUUACCUGUGGCCACAGAAGAGAUGUUACGAAUUUCUCGAGAAACACUGAUGACUUUGUUCACUCCUUGCUGAAAUGCCAUAGUUGGCAUUUAUACUGAAAUAAUCUGUCCCAGCAAAGGGAGCUUUUUCAGACCCAAAGCAAGGACUGUCUUCUUUGUACUCCAGGCAAAUCUUCAAUAUAGGCGCAACAUACUUCAACAGCCAACAGCAAUGCAGUACAGCACUUUUUGUAACUCUUAAUAUUUUUUAACAUGGCAGUUAUCCAGAAUAGUGCGUAAAUUAACAGUGCAGCAAAGGAAAUUAAUCAAGAUGCAGGUGGUGCUAAAAAUGGCGGGGGUAGGUUUUAGGAAGAUCUUUAGUUUUCCCUCAUAUUUUCACAAGCUCUGGCAUAUGCUUGUAGGCACUACUAUAUUUGGGAAGGAAAAGAAAGAGAAGAACAAUAGUCUUGAGGCUAGUUUUGAAGCGAUAGUGCUUUCCGUUUUGUAAUAAACUUUGGAAAACCUGUUUUAAUACAAUUUGGAAAUAUUGUACUCUAUUUUUCAAGUAGAUUGCUAAUUGAAGAGACUUGAGAACUCAGAUAUUUAGAUUUACCAAGUCAUCUAUGUUUAUAGGUAUAUACUGCUAUUUUGUACCUAUUUUGUACCCAGGAGAUCAAGUGCCUUCAGUGAAGAGCCUGCUCAUAGACUUAAUAAUGAAAAAAAAAAAUCACAGUAGAAAUAGAUUUUUUUUUUAAUUUUCAGAUCUCUCCUAGAGAUCCAGCAUAGGAAUGUUGCUACAUUAAAGCCUGAUCCGAGGUUAAUUUAAAUGAAUGCAAAAGGCCAAUAUGGACCUCAGUGGAAAUAGGAUCAAGCACUUAAUGUACUGACACCACUGUUUUAGAAAUGUUCUAAGACCCAAUGCUGCCUGGGGAGCAAGAGGUUCUGACACCACGGGAAGAUCAGCCUAGUGCCCUGACUGCAGAUUAGUUCUGGGGGUGGGGAGAAUACUGGGGAGCUCCAGAGGUGUUGCAAGGACCAAGUGCUACUUUGCUCCCUCCAGACUUAUGUGUUAAGGGUGGGAAAUCAGUGCUCAUCCAGCACUCUCUGAUUUGCCUCAUGUUUCUGUGGGAACCCAGGUGUUCAUAAAAUAGAAAAGCAUGGGGCAGGGGGAAGAUACCCACAUCAGCAAAGAAAAAAGAUAUGCACAUUUCUGGAGGGAAAAAUAGUUUAUAUUUUUGAACUUCCUUUUCCCAAAGCUUGUGUUAAUGUUUCUGCUUUUCCAAGGAGAUGCAUUUCAUUCUAUGUGUCCUAAAUGUGCUGUGUGCAUUGAAGGUUUGUUACACCCCGCACACACCCAAUGCACUCCCAGUUUUGUAAGGCUGUGGAGUAACAGCUGUUGCUAUGCAUGACAGUCAUUUGGCCAAAUGUCUUGGCAGUUGUGAAACCCAUAAAAAAUGACAUGUCAUUUCCAUAUUAAAUAAAACUCCAUUAGAACCAUAAUAGCUCUAGGGGGGUAGCCACGUAAAAUCUGAUCAGAGUUAUGCAGUACUGCACCACUGGUAGUGGAGCGCAGAGCAGAUUGGCGAUACAUACAGUGCCCAUUCAAUUCACAUUAUAAAUAAACUACCCAACUUAUGAUCUUAAUACCCAGUGAAUAAAUUGCUUAAUUUCUUUAGCCUUUUAAUAAGCAGUCUCAGAUUGCAAAAUGUCAGUUGUUCUGUUCUUAAUGAGCUUGCACUGCACUUUUUAUUCAUGCUAACAAACAUGAAGUAGAUAUAAAGAAAGGCUAAGAAUUAAAAAAAAAAUAUUAAUUUUCAGCUGCCUAAUACAUGAGGGUGGUAGAAUUUGUUACAAACAAAAAGCUAAUCGGGCAAUUGAUGUUUGUGCAUCAGUAAGUGAAAAAUUGCUGUUCAGAGAAAAAAAUGUUUGAUCAUUUCUCAGCUUUUUGAAAUGUAUUAGGAAAUGUUGUGUUUAUAAAAGAAGACACAAGAAAAAGAAUACUAAAAUCUGUUGCAAGACAAUAUAAAAAUAAAAUUUAAAAUGCUCCA